UGAACUAAAAAUAGUCAAAAUAAAUUUUAAUAUUAAUGAACCUAGUCUUCUAUGUAUAAAGUGCUAUUGUUUAUCCUACACAAACACCAAAAAAUAAAAGCAAAACAUAAUAAUGAUUCAAACCGUAAUUUCUCAGUUUCAUCCAUAUCUAUGAGAAAAAUUGAAUAAAAUAGUACCAUAACACUAUUAACAAGAAAUAAAAAACAAUUUUAGUGUAGUUAAACAUUUUCCCUGAUUUUUGUUUAAGAAAUCCAGGAACAACCAGUUUUCAUUGAUAGUGCACAAUUAUGAAGGUCAACCAGCUAAACGGUGGGGAGGCAGAGUUGUGUGUUUCAGUUCUAAUCCUACCUACAAUCUAGCAGUAAAGCACAAUGGAUUUCUCUGAAAAAUGGAAGGAAAACUGGAGGAACAACCUCACAUCAUGGCAAAACAAAAUCUCCUGGAUUUAUAAAAAUCAAAUUUUGACGGAUGUCGAAAUCCAUGUUCAUUAUGAUCAAAAGAAAAAGGUUUUCAAAGCUCAUAAGUUUGUGUUGCUCAUGUCGAGCGAAUACUUUGAACCACUGUUUGAGCCGGGGAAAUGGGACGAUGACAAAAAUCAAAUAAGCAUCAAAGAUGUUGAACCGAGUGCAUUUGAACGUUUUUUGGAGUUCAUCUAUUAUAAAACAGUCAACUUCAACAGUGUAAAAGAAGCAGCGGAGUUGUUGGAUAUCGCUGACAGAUUUCUUAUUGAAGACCUUAAAGAUUUGUGCGAAGGCUACAUAGGAAGAACCGUUAACUACUCUAAUGUAUUCGACUAUCUUGAAUUCGCACAACUGCACAACUGCGACAAGCUUGAACAAAUUUGUUCUGAGCAAAUACAAAUGGAAACAAAAGGCAUUUUGAGUAAGAAUAAUUUUGAAAACCUUACCAACCAGUCAAUAUCAGUUAUUUUGCAACAAAAUUUCUUAAACAUAAAAGAAAUUGACUUGUUUAGGUUUGUCAAAAGUUGGAUAGAGCAUAGAACAGAAAAUGGAGAGGCGCUGACAAAAGAAGAACAAAGACAUUUAAUGCAACAGUUUUCGUUCAAGAGUAUGACAUGUAAGGAGUUUGCAGAUGGACCUGCUGAAAGCGGCAUGAUGUCGGAAAAUGAAGUACUGAGCAUCUGUCUGAACAUGAUGUCAAAAGACUGUCAGCGGCCUUAUCCUGAAGGAUUUAGUCAAACAGUUAGAAACACAGUGAGAGCUCAAUCAAUAGAAUUUAGUUUUGACAGCAUAGGGUACAUUAGCGCUAUGUUUUACGGCUAUGAAAUUGAUUUUGAAGUCGAUAAAGAUAUAACAAUAAGUGGAUUAAAGAUGUGGUCAAGAGAAGGGAGUCACGGUUCAGUUUACAAAGAGAGGGUGUUGAUUAUAUUUGAAGAUAAUACACAAUGCUUCCAAGUGAUUUAUAGAAAAUUGUUUGAAAAAGAAGUCACAUUUUCUUCAGCAUUCAGCCUGAACUUUGACAGAAAAGUGAAAAUAAGAAAAGACCGGAGAUAUUCAAUGGUGAUUGGAGUUGGAGAGUACGCUUAUUAUAAAUUAACCAAAGAUUUAGACGGGAAAAUACUCAAAGGACCAAACAUCACAUUUAAAUUUUUUAGCAAUUACGAUUGGCUCUCUAGAUUACCAAUUUCAACUUUGAUUUUUGAACCAAAAUAAAUUAGUUUUACAAAUUGAA